UCAUCCAAAACCCAAGACAAGAGAAACACACACAGAAGAAGAAGAAGCACAAAUUCGAACACUUAAAACGACAUGUCGUGCUCCGUCGCGAUGUCAAACUCGCCGGUAUUUUCACCGCCGCCGUCUCUCUACUGCAACAAGACCUCCAUGAUCUCCUCGGCUCCCGAAACCCUAAACCUAUCGCACCUGAAACAACAACCGUCGCAGCAAUCUUCGUCUUCGCCGAAUUCGGCUCCGCCGUCGCCGUCCCCGUCGUCGCCGUUCAGGCUUCGGAUUCCGAAGUCUCUGAGCACGCUAUCUGCGGUUCCCGGAUCUUCGUCUCCGGUGACGCAAUUGAAGAGGAAGCGACCGGCGAAGCUUUGCAUUCCGAUUGUAUCGACUGGAUUUGGGGCUGCUCAGGCGACGCCGUCUGCGGCGGCGUGGAGAGAGCUGGUGGAGGAAGAUAGAGAAGGGUACUUCUCCGUGUAUUGUAAGAAAGGGAGGAGAGAGGCUUUAGAGGAUCGGUACUCAGCCACUCUUAAUCUUCAAGGUGAUCCCAAACAGGCGUUUUUCGGUGUAUUUGAUGGGCAUGGAGGUGCAAAAGCUGCUGAAUUUGCAGCUCAGAACUUGGGAAAAAACAUUUUAGAUGAAGUUGUGAGGAGGGACGAUGACGAUAAAUUUGAGGAAUCUGUCAAGCAUGGUUACCUGAAUACAGAUUCUGAUUUUCUUAAAGAGGAUUUCAGCGGUGGAUCAUGCUGUGUGACAGCUAUGAUCAGGAACGGAACCCUUGUUGUGUCCAAUGCUGGUGAUUGCCGUGCUGUAAUGAGCAGAGGAGGUGCUGCAGAGGCUCUCACAUCUGAUCAUCGACCGGCAAGGGAAGAUGAAAGGACCAGAAUUGAGAACUUGGGUGGCUAUGUUGAUAUGUGCCAUGGUACUUGGAGGAUUCAGGGUUGUCUAGCUGUAUCGAGAGGAAUUGGAGAUGGGCACCUUAAAAAGUUUGUAACAGCAGAGCCAGAGAGUCGAGUCCUUAGACUCAAAACCGAGCAUGAGUUCGUAAUCAUGGCUUCAGAUGGAUUAUGGGAUAAGGUUAGCAACCAAGAAGCAGUGGAUAUUGUUCGACCUUCAUGCUUAGGCAUUGAUCGACAACAACCCCUUUUGGCGUGUAAAAAGUUGGUAGAACUGUCUGUAUCACGAGGCUCGCGCGACGAUAUUAGUGUGAUGGUAGUCCAAUUGGGGCGCUACAUAUGAUUUUCAGGCAUCAUUCAUCUGCCGGGGGAAUUCCAGCAUCAAUCAGAUAUCUAACACACAGGCUGACAGGAAUUUUAGGCAUGAAACCGCAAUGAUGAGACUUGUUGUAGGCAGAUUAAUGCUAAAUCGUUGACUAUAUAGGCAUUUUUUUUUAGCACUCAUAGAAGGGAGAUUGAUCCAGCUUAUUAGUCUCGAAUUGAUUGUAUUCUUUAUUCUUUAUACUUGACCUACAUUCAUUUAUUCGUUGAUUAACUUGAUUCUUUUGUAAUAAUUUCUCUCCUAUUGAAUGAGAAUACAUAGAAUAUUACAAACAAA